UGUUCUGUUGUUGUAAGCUAGUUCCUCAAAAGUUGUCAGGGGAGACUUACCGGGCGGGAUGAGAAGGAAGUUUUUCUUUCUCAUCCCAUCUGGUAAGUUUAUAAACUGUACAGUGUGUGUAACAGUGGAUGAGCCUCUGUGUGCUUUGAAAGCUGAAAGAAAUACUUUGAGAAUGGGAUCCCUAAUAAUCAAUAUGCAGGAAACAGAAAUUUGCAGUUAUAACAACUUAGACAUUGACACUGAAUCAGAUAAAACAAAAAGCUGCAAAUUAUACAAAUAUGUAAUAGCAAUCAUUUCACAAAACAGUACAAGUGUAAACUGUACUCUGUAUUGUGAAGCACAGACAUAAUGAAGAACAUGAAACACUUUGCCUACAACGUAAUUGUUGAAAAUACUGGCGUGUAUGUGGCUGAGGCAUGGGAAUUGAGCAAGACUUAGCUAUAGGUAGGUCACAUGCACUUUAAGUAAUGGCCUCUUUAGAAUAAAUCAAGUGCAAAGUUGUGCCAUAUGGAAAUGUAUAAUGAGUGGGGCAAUAAUAAAAAAGAUUGUUAUGAAGCAAGUGCUUCAGUACAGACAUCUUGAGAAAACAUUUGAAUGCAAAUGCUCAAAGAGUGUUAGUGGUAUAUGUAGAUGGUGUAAAAACCAAUCAUGACGAUAAUAUUUUUAUCCACCUGUGGUUUCUAAUACUUCGCCUGUAGAAAUGAUUAGUGCCAGCUUCUUGUAAAUGUCUCGUGUAUCUGAAACAUGACGAACUGCUAAAUACACUGCUGUCCAUUAAAAUUAAGACACCAGGGAGGGUAGAACAUGUUUUUAAAUUUGUAUAUGCCUUGGGGGUCUAAGUGAUGCUAAUUUAGUACACAGAGCUGCAAACUGUCAGCAACAGUGGUUCUAACCUGGCUGGGCUGAGUUGAACUGUGCUUGGAAUAGAGCUGUACUUAUCGUGCUAUGUUGCUUCAGUUCUAUGCCAAAAUCCAUCAGUCACAGUGGCUGCUAAGUGGUGAUGUGAAAGUCUCUCUGCAGAUCAUGACCAAAUGCUUCCAGUGGAUGAAAGAUAUGGAGAAUGUGCCAGUCAGGGGAACAGUUGGACACCCUCUAUAUUGUGCUUAGAUCAUGACAGCACAGGUAACAUAAGGCUUUGUUAUCUUGUUGAAAGAUGUCAUUGAGAUCUUAAAGAUAUGGUAGCAACACUGAAUUUAUCACAUCAUACUUUGUGCAUCUACACACUAACUCAGUCAUGAGGUUGUACACAGAACUGGUGCAACUUCCAGCACCUCUCUCAACUGCAGCACCAAGGGAAGCUGCAACAGUAGUUGCCACUGUGAGGUAGUGACGAGUGCUCUAGACAACACCACAGUAUGCAUAUGGAAAUGUGUCUUGCUGCUAACAAGCGGACUCAAGAUAUGUGAGGUGUCUGUAGAAUCUACCUGGCUUAGUGAGAAAAAUGUCACCUUUGGUGCUACUCAAGGGGAGCCAUUGAGAUCCCGUAUGGCAUUAUCGAUGCCCCCUCCUGAACCCAUAGGUCCUAUUUGCAUGAUAUUCUUGGGGUCUUGACAAAUGUAAUCAGCAGCAGUGCGGAAUGAUAAACCAGUCUCAAUAGACCUCAAUCAACCCAGUGUUCAAUUGCGACACAUGGCGGUAGACGUUUAGCCUCCUUAGACGAGGCAUAACAAGAGCUUCUCACAACCAACCAACAUUAAAAUGUGAUUUCUGGAAGAGAAACAUGGCCGGUAGUGUAUUUGCAACAAAUAAAAAAUCUAUGAAGAAAUUCCAGGAAGAAGAAGCAUUUCAGAGGAUGAAUUUUUUAUACCAGGCAGCAGCUUCUCUUCUGUUAAAGUAUCCAAACCAUUUUGACAUAGCUACCCAUUAUGGAGCUAUUAUGAGGAGCAUAUCAAAGAAAUCAGUUCUUCGUAUGGAUAUCAGCUUGAAACGCAGCAUUUGCAAGGGAUGUUCGAUACAGCUCAUCCCAGGCGUGACUGCUAAAGUCCGUAUAAAAAAUAGACCAUCGCCAUGUGUGCUAUGGACAUGUACCAUCUGCAAUACUUCAAAGAGGUAUCAUAAUAAGAAGGGAUAUCUUACAUGGACUGGAAGACCAGAGUCAGUUGCCAACGAUUGAAAUGGUACAUUGUUUUCCUGACCUUUGACUCUUGUUUACUUGCAAGGAUACUGGAACUGGUUGACAUCACCAAUUGUUUGUAAUUUAUUGUCUUUAUUAUUUGUACAAAACAUGAGACUAUCUUUAGAAAAAUAGUUAUAAAAGUAGCACUGAGCCAGCCACAAUGUAAAUCAGAUGAAGAUCACUGCAAACUUUGAGGAAUUUGUAGUGUCAAAAUGUAAAAGAAGUGAAUGGUUUAUAAGAAAUAUUAUCACAAAAAAUUAGUGAAUAAACCUUUGAUUUUAGAAACUUGA